UGUUAGGGGAAAAAAAAGAAAAAGUCGGACAUUUCAACACUUCUCCCUCCCUUGUAGCCUUAUGUGUAAACUUAGUAUCGAUACAGUGAGACAGCAGCACUGGACAGGACGGCUGAAGAGCCUCUCCGACGGUGGCAAUGAAGGAGGCUCUGAAGAAUUUGAAUUUGAACAUUGUGGAAAUGACUGAUGAGAACGCAACGCUGGAUGGAGGAGAUGUCCUUUUCACUGGUCGAGAGUUCUUUGUGGGUCUUUCCAAACGGACCAAUCAGAGAGGAGCAGAGAUACUAGCCGAUGCAUUUAAGGAUUACGCCGUCUCCACCGUGCGCGUGCAGGAGCAGCUUCACCUGAAGAGCUUCUGCAGCAUGGGAGGACCUGGCCUGAUCGUCAUCGGCUCCAGUGAACCGGCACAGAAGGCCCUGAAAACCAUGCAGCAGAUGAGCGACCAUCGCUAUGACAAACUGACCGUGCCUGACGACUUGGCUGCCAACUGCAUCUACAUGAACCUGCCCGGCAAAGGCCACGUGCUGCUGCACACCACAUCGGAGGAGUUUCCAGAGAGUGUCAAGGUGUUCGAGAAGCUAAAGGACCACAUGUUGAUCCCUGUGGCCAACACGGAGAAGGUCAAAGUCGACGGAGCCCUCACAUGCUGUUCUGUGCUCAUCAACAAGAAGGCUGACAUCUGAGAGGGCCGCCGGAGGCGUUCUGACCAAGAGGACCCUGUGUCUGAUCACUGUGGGUCCCGAGGUUCGACUAAUCAAUUCUAGGCAGGUUUAUUGCUGCCGAGGGCAAAACUAAUCAAAUCCAAGUAUGACAAUUGAUCAACUUUUCACUUUUUACCCCUGUGAAAAUAGUUUAGGUGAUUUAAAAGUAUUAGUUUCAGAUGAUCAUAGUCUCAAUAAGAAACAGAAUCGUUAUGAUAAAACUAGAUUUCUUUCACAAUGACUUCAGGAUGCUCUGUUAAAAGAAACACCAGACAAAAAGCAGGAUUUAAAGCUUUAUUUGUCUUGAUAGCAGCGUCUUGUUUUUCCACGAACUAUAAUCCAAUUAUGAGAGAUUCACGUGAAAAAAGAAGAUAUUAUCCUAGAUCAAAACUUCCAACCUCUUCACCUUCAGAGUGCUUGUAGCUUGAGUGUAGACCAGACUUAACCUACUGUCCAAUGUUUACAAGUCUUGAAGAAAGCCACACAGAACAAAACAGUGGUACACAACAAAGCUAGGCAGAAUAAAUCAGCCGUAGCCAUGGCAGAUUUAUUAAUAACAUAACUCAGUGGUUUUCAAAGUGUGGAGUGUGCAUUCCCUGGGGCCGGGAGGGACUUUAGGGUGGAGGUGGAGUAAAGCAAGAGGAAAAUAAAACAAACCAGAAAAAAUAUUAAUCAUCUGGUUGGGUAAUUUCAAGUAUGAUCAAUUUUUAGUGGUUGUGCUGCUCCACUGCCACAGUGUGUUAUUAACCAGAUUUUUUUUUAGAAGCCUUAGAUUAUUAGUAUAGAGUAUUUCAAAGCAUUAUUAACACUUCAGUCCUCCCCGCUUACGACGAUAGCUGCUUUCUUAUGGUGCUACUGCCAGGCUAAUCUACUGUCUCACAACUCCAUCCAACACUGCAGCACACACAUGGCAUCUUGACAAUGUUUACAUCUUCAAGGCUUUGAAUUAUUUAACUUAAGAAAGCCACAUUUAUUGCUGGAAAAGGACUUAAUAAAGGCGAUUAAAAUGUCAUAAUCUCUGAUGGGGAGACAUGUCUUUGUACACUUUGAAAACCCCUGAUGUAACUAACACUGGCAUAAGCGGUAAUAAAAACACAAUAAUAUGCAUGUCUACAUCUGACAUACACUGUUAACGUGCACCAUUUUAACUGUGAUUUAAUUUUUGUGUUUUUGCGUGAACAAAAUGCAACUGAAACACAAUUUUCAAGAACUGUAUUUUGGAGAAAGGCUGAACAAACACAUCCUGCUACCACGAAGCUCCUUGCAUCAUCGCUCCUUCAUUUUUAUUUGUUUUAAGUCUGUAAUGAAUUACUCCAUAAUGGCAGAUUAAUGUCCAACACAAAUAUUUCUCUGGUCACUGGGAUGUUUUGAUUUCGCAUUCUUCAAAUACAGUUCUUUAAAAGGUUAAAAAAAAAAAAUCCUAAAGAUGUGAGCUUUUGUUAUGAUCACUGUGAUUUUAUUGUAGCUUGUUAUGAUUUUGUGAUCAGUCUUGAAAGCUCUGCCAUUGAGACCUGAGGUACUACUGUUAACUAAUCUCUCAUCAUCUGUAUUGUGCAGCAGUGAAAGUGAUAUUUGACUGAUCCUGAGUCCUCGCUGCCAGCUACAGAAGCUAACGUUGACCUGUGAAGUGAUGCUGCAGGACUGUCGAGGGUUGCUGUGGGUUUUUUUUUUUUUUUCAUCUCCUCUGGUGUGAAAUUGAUGGGUUCAUGUGGGUUGUGUGCAUAUUAAUGAGGCUUGGUAUGCUGUGCAGACCCUGAAGAAAUAGAAAAUGCAGACUUUUAUGAUUAGAUAAUAGAUUUGAUCCUGGAACUUUCAUUUACUCUAAAUAUCCAAUUUCUGUUUAGAAAAUCAGUGACUUUCUUUCUGCUGAAUGACUCUGAAGACACUGUGGUUUUGUUUCAAUGUUCAAUGUUGAUUUCUCUCAUCUCAGACCAUGCUGUAAAACCAAUGUGUUAAAAAAAAAAAAAAAAAGUCUUUACAAUUGAAUACGGGAGUCAAAGGGAUUGUACUCAGCUUGCAGAAAAAGCCCCCCAGCCCCCCCAGCCCCCCUGCUGGUGUGUUCCCAUAUAGGAGUCUAUUGACUUGUUUUAGUUGCCUUAUGUCCGCCGUAUGGGAGCUCGUGCUCCAGGCCUAUUAACAUGACAUUAGUAUGUGCGAUCAGUGUCCUGUUCCACUGCUCGUACUGUACAUGUAGAAGCAGCAGGAUGUCUGAGGCCAUGCUGUUUCUCACUGUGAUUGUAAGUGAAAGUGGAGGAAAUGACAUCAGGAGGUGAUUCAGCCUCCCUCCACAGACACAUGCGUAUGGGCAAGCGGGCAGUGACGAAACACGGAAAGAAUUUGUGUUGGGAGUAGAGGCUUGUACGUCUGUAAACACUGACUCUUUUUAAACUUUCACUGUCUUACUGUGGAUGCACUCGGCCCCCUCGCCUCCCCCGGCUCCCGCCUAUUGCCUCAUAUGUGAUUCCAGGCUAAUUUAUGGUCAUGAUAUCAUACAGUCUGGCAAACACCAUGGAUACGAUGAUCUGCCAUUAAAGAGUGUGAAAGCAGUUUAUCCAUUCCAACUCUGCCUGAUUACUACUACUGGUAAGUCAACUACUUGGAUUUAGAUCAGAUAACUUGAUUUUUAUCUAAUCUUGCAUUUACAAAUAACUUUUCAAUGUCUUUGCAGUCUGGAGAUGCACCAGCAUGCAUUUCUCCUCACAUUCAUUGCAUUUUUAGAUUCUGGCAGGACAAACUAUGAGUAAGUGCUCCGACACAGACCCUCAUUUAUACGCUUACUAAUCCUUUCACCCAUCCCUGUAGUCAUAAUGCUGUGCCCAUGUUUUAACUCAGGUCUCUUGGUUUUCAUCCAAGUUGUGAGUAAUAAUUAUUUGAAUCAUCUUAAAUUGAGCCUUUCGUCUAUAUUGUGUAAUAAAUUAACAUCUAGCAC